AUGGAAAGAGAAUUUGAAAGAGGUUACAUAAAAAAAGGACCAUGGAGUAGUGAAGAAGAUGAAGUGUUACUGAAACAUGUUAACAAGUAUGGUCCAAGGGAUUGGAGCUCCAUUCGAUCCAAAGGCUUUUUGCCGAGAACUGGAAAAUCUUGUCGGUUGAGAUGGGUUAACAAGCUUAGACCAAACUUGAAAACAGGGUGCAAAUUUUCAGCAGAGGAGGAAAGGGUGGUGAUUGAAUUACAGGAGCAAUUUGGAAACAAAUGGGCAAAAAUUGCUACGUAUUUGGAAGGGAGAACAGACAAUGAUGUGAAGAAUUUUUGGAGUAGCAGGAGAAAAAGGAUGGAGAGUUCGUCUCCGAGGACACCAUCACCAUCACCAAAGCAGCAGAAAAACAAAGGAAAAGAUGUUGUUAAUAAUAAUCAAGUGAAAGUUGAAAAGGUUCCUGCAUGUGGUUCUAAUCAGCUAGAGGAAAACUUUACUUACCCUACUUCUUGUAUGGGAAACAAAGAGGAGUUCAAGAUGGUGAACCUGCCAGAUUUAACAAAGCCAAACUACCAAAAUAUGGAAAGUGACAUUAAUGGAAUUGAGUUUGAGGCUACUCCACUUCACACGGUACCGUCAUUUGAGUCUUCGUCGGCGGCAUACAACUUUCCUCUACACCCAGAACCACAUAUGGACUUUCCACUACUCCCAGAGUGUCAGGACCUUGUUCAAGAGCCCUUUGAUCCCAAUUUUAUGGACAUGUUUGAGCAGAAAAAGGAUUCAGAUUGUGUGUGGAGCCAGAAGCUUGGGACCAGGUUGCCAACUCUUGGAACUGAAGGAAAUUCUCAGAGUAGUUCAAAUUGCUUGUUUCAAGACUUCUCAACCGAGUUUUUUGAAUACUUUGCUUAG